UCUAAGAAUAGAACGUGGUCUGUGACAGAAACAUCUAGGUAGGCCUAAUAUCUGGCUAACUUGCCUCUCCUCUCUCGAUUUUGGCUAACUUCCCUUUCGAUAAGCUAGUCAAAUGGACACGCAGAGGCAAGAUUUUUGGAAAGAAGCCAUAGUACGAGAAAAUCUACUUAGACUUAAUUGGUUUCGUCACAACUGGGUAAAACACCCUAAACCGCCACCCAAGGAACGUCGGGUGAAAUUGCCCGAUGUCACUAAGACGCAUACCGAGACGCACCCCAAGUCUUCUCAGAGCGUUGCGACAGAAUGUGAUGUGCACAAGACUAAACGCGUCGAAGUACUUUCUGAUAUCAUGAGACCUGUUUCUCAAGAGACAAGAAAUGAAUUGUAUAGAGGUUUCUCUAAAGAGGAGACAGGCCGAUACAGAUACCUUCUACUCAGGACGCGGAAGAAUCCGGAGCACAAAUAUUCCUUCCCAAUUACGAGCAACUUGGAGUACGGGUGGGGCUUGGGAGACGUGACCAGAGCCAACGUUCCGAUGCACGCCAAAAAUGCCAUUGUGAGGGAGAGUUUCUUCCGGAAAAAUGGAAUAUUUCCCAGGACCUCGUCCACGGACACCGUGGCGUAAUGAUGCCGAAGCAACCAUGCACUCAGAUAUCUUGAGGGCGAAGAACAUAAAAGUUGACUUCAAAUUUAAAAUAAACUUUAACCACUUGCACAA